AUGGACGGAGUAAACAAGGACAGAGUAAACAAGGACAGAGUAAACAAGGACGUGGUAAACAAGGACGAGGUAAACAAGAACUGGGUAAACAAGGACGAGGUAAACAUGGACGGAGUAAACAAGGACAGAGUAAACAAGGACUGGGUAAACAUGGACGGAGUAAACAAGGACAGAGUAAACAAGGACGUGGUAAACAAGAACUGGGUAAACAUGGACGGAGUAAAUAAGGACGGGGUAAACAAGGACUGGGUAAACAAGAACUGGGUAAACAUGGACGGAGUAAACAAGGACAGAGUAAACAAGGACGUGGUAAACAAGAACUGGGUAAACAUGGACGGAGUAAAUAAGGACGGGGUAAACAAGGACGGGGUAAACAAGGACUGGGUGAACAAGGACGAGGUAAACAAGGACGGGGUAAACAAGGACGGGGUAAACAAGGACGGAGUAAACAAGGACGGGGUGAACAAGGACGAGGUAAAUAAGGACGGGGUAAACAAGGAAGAGGUAAACAAGGACGGGGUAAACAUGGACGAGGUAAACAAGGACGAGGUAAACAAGGACAGAGUAAACAAGGACGUGGUAAACAUGGACGGGGUAAACAAGGACGGGGUAAACAAGGACUGGGUAAAUAAGGACGGGGUAAACAAGGACUGGGUAAACAUGGACGAGGUAAACAAGGACGAGGUAAACAAGGACGGGGUAAACAAGGAAGAGGUAAACAAGGACGGGGUAAACAAGGACGGGGUAAACAAGGACUGGGUGAACAAGGACGUGGUAAACAAGGACGGGGUAAACAAGAACUGGGUAAACAUGGACGGAGUAAACAAGGACAGAGUAAACAAGGACGUGGUAAACAAGAACUGGGUAAACAUGGACGGAGUAAAUAAGGACGGGGUAAACAAGGACGAGGUAAACAAGGACGUGGUAAACAAGAACUGGGUAAACAUGGACGGAGUAAACAAGGACAGAGUAAACAAGGACGUGGUAAACAAGAACUGGGUAAACAUGGACGGAGUAAAUAAGGACGGGGUAAACAAGAACUGGGUAAACAUGGACUGGGUAAACAAGGACGGGGUAAACUAG